GGUAGUAUCAUAAUUUAUUAGAUCAUAGCGCUUUACGAUGUCAUUUAUUUUAUUUAAUUUUGAAAACAUUGUGACAAUUCAUUCCUUAGCAAAGUAUUUAUAAUUCACAGAUGCAUUUUCGUUUAAUUCUCAGCUUAAGUUGAUGCAAGUGUGUCUAUUAAUUUGCCUCUCUGAGCUUCGGUGGUCCGGGGUGCAGACUUCAAAUCUGUAGUCGAUUAACGUCGAAGUGGUUCGAUUCCACCUGAGGGGCGGAAAUUUGUCCAUAACAAUUUUAAAUAUAUUUAACAGUCAGGAAACCCACAAAUAUUUAAAUAUCUAUGAAUUUUUCUAAACUGGCGAGAAAAACCUGACAUUCGAACUUUAUUCCUAUAAAUAAUAUAUACAUAUACUAGGCGCCCCCGCUGCGCUCUGGAACGCUCGCUUCGCUCGCUCGCCAACGUCCGCCCCCCACCGAGCGCGAGUUAGCUCGCUCUUAUGUUAGUUGAUUCUCGACAGCAGCAGAAAACUUUUAUAUAUAAUAGAGAGAUAAGUAUAGUCAUAUUUUCACAGUUUGACAGCCAAUAUACUUUUCAAAGAAGUUGCAUCGAUCAAACAUUUGUUCAUAAGUUGAUUAGAAUUUAAAAGGAAAGCAAAAAAAAAAAUAAAGAAUUUCAAAUUAAUAAACAUUUUGUUUUUAACCUAAAUCCAAAGAACUAUGUCAACAUCGCUACAAAUAGAUAAAAUAACACCAGAAGAGUUAAUGAAACUACGUUCCGAAUGUAUGGAGCGCUUACGAGAGGCUAAACUCUACGAAUUGCGAAACGAUGCCAAGUUGCGGGCAGUGAAUACAACUCAAACCUAUGAUGAAUUCAAAGAUAUCGUGGAUGCGUCUCAUUUACAACCGAUUAGUAAGCAGGAUAAAAUGAAUGCCAAGACGAAGAGUCGUUUGUGGAAUUCAGCAGCUCGGGAAAAUUAAUAUACUUACAUACAUAUAAUGUCAUAGCAUACAUAUAUACGUAUAUAGAACGUACAUUUACGGUAAGGUCCGAGAGAAGAAUAAAUUUAACUACUUCUAUGACAAUUA